AUGACCAUGGCUUCCAUCGAUUUCAGCCCAAUCUACGUGGUGUCCACAAUUCCUCAAGCACCCACAUUAAACCCACGUAGCCAUCCUGAAAUCGCAAUUGACCUCCACCCGGCCAAUGUGGUAUCUACUAGCCCUCGAGCACCGACCUUCGGCCAACCUAGUUACCCGCCGAUCAACAUCAACCUAAACAUUAACCUUCCUAGCCUCCGGGAAGUCGUCGCGACUGAGGCCGCUCCUCACCCGGCCAAUUCCACCUCUCCCCAGACCGCUUCUCCCCCGGCCACUUCAGUCACUCCCGAGGCCGCCUCCCCCCCCGGCCACUUCGGUCUCUCCUGA